CCGUUAUGAAGGGGAGAGGGGUCAGUAUAUCUACCCCCGGUUCCGUGCGCCUCCACCGGUCGUAAAGCAGCGGGGAGAAGGCUUCCUCAUCGGCUUCCUCUGAAACAUGGCACCCAAGAAGGCGAAGAAGAGAGCGGACGGAGCCGGCUCCAACGUGUUCUCCAUGUUCGAACAGGCCCGGAUCCAGGAGUUCAAAGAGGCUUUCACCAUCAUGGAUCAGAACAGAGACGGUUUCAUCGACAAGAAUGACCUGAGAGACACUUUCGCAGCUUUAGGCCGUUUAAAUGUCAAGCAAGAAGAGAUUGAUGAGAUGCUGAAGGAGGCACCGGGGCCGAUUAACUUCACGAUCUUUCUCACCAUGUUUGGGGAGAAACUAAAAGGUGCUGACCCAGAAGAGACCAUCCUCAACGCUUUCAAGGUCUUCGAUCCGGAGGGGAAAGGAUCGUUAAAGAAAGACUUUGUGACGGACAUGUUGACCACUCAGGCGGACAGGUUCUCCCCAGAAGAGAUGGAACAGAUGUUUGCAGCGUUCCCUCCAGAUGUCGCGGGAAACCUGGACUACAACAACCUGGUUCACAUCAUCACGCAUGGUGAAGAGAAAGACCAAGAGUAGCUGAUUUCACUGCAGACAUUUAAGAGGAGACACUUCAAGUGAAACAUUUUACAAAUACAUUACAACAUGAAGCUUUUACAGUCGGUUACUUACUACUGAGUAUUUUGAAAUGUUGUGCUUUAAUAUAACAUUUAGACACUUUCUCAUGCUAAAAAUCUACGGACUUAAAAUAGACAAAUUAGUAGACAGCUAAAUAUGUAUUUUGGAUGUUUUAUUUUUCACUUUUUGGAAAUAGACCAUAAUCUCAAAACCGACCAAUGAAAAAGAAAGUGUUUUUCACACAUUUCCCUGAUUCCCACUAGUCACUUUAGUUUUUGCAGAAUAUUCAACAUAUUUCACGGUUGUUAGCCAAGCUCAUUUGUCCGUAAGCCAGGCAGUGAUUGGUCAGCUUUCCAACUGACGUGGACCCACGUGGAAUAGUAUUUUAAAAUUUUAAAUGAAUGAGUCGUGUUUGUGUUGAAAUAUCCCUCAAACUAUAGUAGACAAAACCAAAUGAACACAAACAAUUUCCCUUUCAAAUGGAUGAAUAACAUAAUUUUGCAUGAUUGUAUUCAGGAUUUUAUGUUAGUGUGUAUAUAUAUAUAUAUAUAUAUAUUACUGUGCUAUGUGCAUGUGAUCUGUAUGUAGUAGGUCAAAUAAAAGUUAAUGAGAAGACAGCGA